CAACCGAGCCAAAUGGAACCGGAAGGACCGACUUGCAUCCUGCAGCACCGCGGCACACUGCUCGCCGUGCGCGCUGCUCCGUUACUGAUGCAGGCAGCACCACACGAGGAGCUGGUCAUCACCGACGGCGACGAUGAGCCUCGGAUUUGCCCAGUCGUGUUUGCCCCAUUCACACUGGGACGAGGUUUUGCCUUGGACAUCCGAAUUCGCGGUUGCUCGCGCCAAGCCGCCGUUCUUGACGUCAAGGCAGCAGCCCAUGGCGGGACAUUUGCGUACAUCCAGCCGACACCUGGAAAUACGAUCGUCGUGCGGCCAAGUUUCCCGCCGGGUGCGAAAGCGAUCGCGUCCAAUUCAAUUGCACUUCCCCUGUUCGACGGCGAUCAAGUGCUUUUGCAUCCGGAAGUGUCCUUGACGGUCAAACUGAUUGAAGAUGGCACGCAUCGAAUAGUGCGCGCCCUAACCGAGCGUUCGAUGCAAGUUGAUUCGCUGGCAAGCGAGACGCCGGUGCCACGACCGCUCGCACAGUCCGAACCGAUGCGGCUGGAUGACGAUGCUGAUGCGACGCCCGCCAACAACUUUGCCACGACCUUGGCAUUUCCUUCCAUAUCAACGAGCACAUACAUGUUUGAUGCCGAACUGGCAUCCAUCCUGCUGGUGGAGGCUGUCGAAGAGUUUCUAGACGCGCACCCUGAUCCGCGGAUACAAUUGCUACUCGUUGAUAUCUCGGACUCGAAAACGAAUCGGCUUGUGCAAGAGAAAUACACCAGGAGAGACAAGAGAUUCAAAGUGAUUGUUUCGGAUUUGACGCGAGUGAACUGCCGAUUUAUCGUCAAUGCUGCCAACGAGCGACUCACUGCCGGUGGUGCUGGUACCAACAAGGCAAUCAACCUCGCCGUGGGACCCUCGCUGCACGCCGAAACAAAGCGACUGUAUUCCAGUGCCGAGGCUGGCAAGGCCUAUCCCGUGAAAGUCCCCUCGCCCCGUCGCGUGCGCUUUGAAUAUGUGAUUCACGUUGUCGGUCCCAACAUGAAUCCUCAACGACCCCAGUGCCUGCACAACAACUACGAAAAAGGCUCGCAGCUGCUCAGUGCGACGUACCGUGCCAUGUUUUCCACGUUUGCCAAGCUGGCAAGUGUCUAACGGGGUUGUUUUUCGAUUUCGAGAUCAGAGGUU